AAAAACGAAACUAGAUAGGAACAGUUACUGACAAGGUUACAGCAGUUGGAUAACUUCUUCGACCUGGGAGCUAUAUGUCAAGCUAACUGGUGUGACCUUAAAACGAAGUGCGUAUGAAGCUCUGUAGACAUGAGGGGUUUACUGUCACAACUAAGGAGUUUGCAAGGCGUUUCCCAGAGAGCAGCCAUCCAGUCUCAUCCCUGUUACAAAUGUAAACACUGCCACCAAUGUUUGACAUCUUUAAAAACCGUAACAGUCCAAUCUCUCAGGCAUUUCAGUGAUGAUGUAAUAGGGGCAAAGUGGAGCGUUCAUCCUUUGAGGAGUCGUGGAAUAAUUAGACUGAAGGGGCCUGACACGGUCCCAUUCCUCCAGGGUCUGGUCACAAACGAUGUCGCUGUUGUUGGAGGCAAAAUUCCCAGUCUGUAUACUUUGAUGCUCAAUGUACAGGGUCGUGUUCUGUAUGAUCUAUUAAUGUACCACUCCACGGAUGUAUCAGGGAACUCUGUCCUCCUGUUGGAGAGUGACGCAAAUGUCACAUCAGAGCUCAUCAAACUCCUCAAAAGAUAUAAAAUCAGGAAGAAGGUUGACAUUGCUGAUGUGUCAGAGGAUCACAAGGUGUUUGCUGCUCUGUGUCAAGGUGAUGAUCAGAAGAUUUCCCUUGACAAGCAUCUGCCAGGAAUAAUAUCAGCAACCCAAGAUCCUCGAGUGAACAGCUUUGGUUGGAGAAUCAUAGCAGACAGCUCACCAUCUGUACUCAAAGGGUUUGGGAUUAAAGAAGAAAAGUGUGAGGAAGACUAUCACAGACAGCGAUACCAGUCAGGUAUAGGGGAGGGUGUGGUGGACCUACCCCCGGGGAACUGUUUCCCCCUGGAGAGUAAUGCUGUCUAUCUAAAUGGAGUGUGUUUCCACAAGGGCUGUUAUAUUGGCCAGGAGCUGACAGCCAGAACAUUUCACACAGGAGUCACUCGCAAGCGUCUCAUGCCUAUCCUGUUUGAAGUUGAACCUCAGAAUGUGUCAGCGGGAGCUAACAUUGCCACCGAGACUGGAAAAUCUGCGGGGAAAGUACGAGGCCAUGUGGGCAAAUAUGGACUUGGUCUUUUACGGAUAGCAGAGGCCAGUAAAAAACUCAGUGUUAAAACAGAGACGGAGGAUGAUCUAGUCGUUAAGUCCAAUAUCCCAGACUGGUGGCCGAAGGAGACUUGAAAUAAAGUAUNGCACUCUAAACCGGUGGCCAAAAGAGACUUGGAAUUAGUUAUUCACUCAAGACUGGAAGCCAAAAAGGACUAAUGAAAAAAUCCUGUAGGGUUAGUUAUGUUAUGAAUUAUUUUAGCGAUUUUUGCAGUAAGUUGAGUCUGCAAAAUUCAACAUGCUGCAAACAUUUCAUGUCACUAAACUUGAAAUAUCAAACCACAAAUUGAAAACUAUGUUAGUCUUUUAUCCAUUCUUUUUAAACAUACUGCAAAAAAGUAUAUGUCUGAGCGGAAAUAAAGCAUAUUACAGUAUGA